GCUGGUGUUCGUAUAUGGCUUGUGUCCCGCAUGACUUUAAAAAUAUCUUAGGGGGGGUUUAGGGUUGAUGUGUGGCCCCGUCAGUGCCUGUUUUCAGUGCCAACCCACCCGUCGCCGCAGUCACCAUCCGGCGCCACCACCCUCCGUAGUCUCGGGUCGUCGACAGGUGUGCCGGCGACGAACUGCGGUGCACCUGGGUGUCCACCGAUCUACCUGGGUUGUUUGUCGAUGUACCUGGUUGGUCACUGAUAGCCUUGGCUGGCUGUCGAGGCGGAUGUCGAACGAUAUAUUUGGUUCGUCUGUUGGUAUAUCUGGGUGGCUGCCGAUAGACCUGUCGAACAAUACGCUUUGAGUUCAGUCUCGGGACAUUUUACCCUCAUCGAGAAAUUUAGAAGACGGAAUGCGAGUUCUUUAUCCUAUAAUGAAGACAAUCAAAGAAGUGUUAUAGGCUUGAACGAGAUUUGAAUAAAACACGAAAGAAAGAAAGAAAAAAACAAAAAAAAACAACAACAAAUAAGAGAUAACAUGAAUGCGGAGGAUCUUGUGAUUUAGACGAAAAAAACAGCAAAACAUAAGAGGUGGUGGUGAGCGUGUGUAUUUGACCUUAUGUUCUGUAUCGUGACCUGCUGACCGGCCGCCUGAGGGAUACCUGCUUGACCUCGCUUCACGUCACAUCAAGCGUCGCCCGUAGCUGUACAAGACACCCACGCAACAUGGCGACGUGGACAGCGCGCCCGGCAGCCCAGGGUACACCCGCCUCUUCGUGGGAGGAGCCUGGAAGCCCAGACUCCGCCCCUUCCACGAUGACCACGCCCUCCCCCACCCACUCCCCCUGCAUGGAUAGUAACGACCCCAUGGAAGAUAGCGGAUUCCAUGACUGGCUGGAGUCCCAGAUGUCAGUCACAGGGGAAAUGUCUGUGGUGGAGAGACUGCAAUACCUCCUCGACACAGGGCAGUUCGCCGACGUUAACAUAAGGGUUGGCCAAGGAAACAACGUCGUGGUUUUCAAGGCUCACCGGCUGUUACUCGCAACAGCCAGUCAACCUCUGUAUAGGUUAGUGUACGCUGUGAACCCCCACCCAAGUCCCACUGAAGUCACCACGAUCAGGGUCCAUGAUAUGCUGCCUAAGGACUUCGAACCCAUCCUGAAGUACAUUUACACUGACAGCGUCGACUGCUCGGAUAUCAAGGUGGCGUUCGAACUGCUUCGCGCGAGCAAGCGGUGGGGACUCGCCGGCCUCGGGAUCAAGAGCCUCAAUUAUCUCGAAGGCUUCAUCGACGACUUCGAGCCCUCCACCGAGGAGAUGAAGACCAACCUGUUCGACCUGCUGGUGCUGUCCGAGAAGAGUUUGAACGACAUGUGCGACAAGUGCUGGCAGAUCAUCUCGAAGCACGCCAACGAGAUCAUCCCCUGCGAGGGCUUUCUGAGACUCGAGCGGGACAUCAUUCGGAAGAUGCUGAUGCAGAAGGACCUCAAGUUCGACGACCAACUGAAGCUCUUCGAAGCCAUAAGGGACUGGGGCCUCCGCUACGUCAGGGAGAAGGGCCUCAAGAUGACGCAGCUCGGGGAUGUCGUCGAGGACCUCAUUAAAGUGGUGGACUUCGACAAGAUCUCCGACAGGGACUUCGUCAACACCGUCUUGACCUCGGAGUGUCUCGGGAAGGCCGAGGUCAUCGCCUUCUUCAUGACCCACGGCCUCGAGAUUCCCAGGAACCUUGACUUCAACAACAACAAACAGCUUCCGUUCUGGUUGUGGUUUUGUGCAACCUCUGACCCCGAGUUGAAGGAGAGGAGGGGUUCGAAGGGAGGUCCUGCCAACCCCCUCCAGGGCAAGAAGACAACUCACAAUCACCUCACGCCCGUAGCCGAGACCGUGAACAAAAUAACUUCUCUCACACAGAACGGCUCUUUGCUUGAGUUUAAUAAAGUCUGCAGGUUCCGGAAAGGUUACAGAUGUCCGCAGAAAGAGAUCUACCAGUCUCAUGAGCUGAGGUUCCGUGUGGACAAGAACAUCAAGCUUUUGGGCGUCGGUUUUGGUUUUCUGUUCAGUAGCACAGAUAUGGGUGUGACAGUCCAUUGUCAAGGUCCUUGGGAGACUCGUCAGUGGACAGAUAUAGAGAAGACAUACUGCCGUGUAUCCGGGGAAAAACAAGAGACAGCAGAUGUACGCCUGAUGUUCUCCACACCCGUCAGAAUCGAAGCAAAUCAGAGUUAUAAGGUUAUGGUGAAGAUUGGACGGAUGAGCUCUGGCAGCUCGGAUGUGGAGCUCUGGGGUGGAACAGGUGGAAUGUACUAUGUGGAAACAGAAGAUGCAGAGUUCUUCUUUAUCAAGGCAGCAGUAGACCCCAACAAGAGAGUUGAGGAAAGUGAAGGAGAUGUCAAGCCUGGUGUGAUAACUGAGCUCCUUUACCAACUGGACACUGGUGAAGAGGAGAAAUCCGUUGAAAGACGUCGCCGUCCACAGGCCCAAGAGGAAGAACAGGAGGCCCAACCAGUGGAGACAACCACCCGACGUCGACGACCAGAAACACUCAAGGUGCCUGAGAUACCCUAUACCCGUAAACGUUCCCCUCCUUCUGGUGCCAAGUCCCCUGAUGCACCUCCGGUUACCAGACGUCGGGAAGGUGUUGUUAGUUACGAAACAUCACCAUCUUACAGUAGCAGAAGGACAUCUGUCGAAGAAUACAAGCCAGAGAGCUUCUCUACUAACAGGUGGAGAACCAGGAGUAGAGAGGAAGACUCAGACACUAAGAAGUCCUAUGACACUUCGACUAAAACUGAAGAAUAUAAACCCUCGAGUUUCUCUACCAACAGGUGGAGAACAAGAUCGAAACUAGAGGAUUCAGAGACCAAGAAAACAGAAGACACCGAAAGAAAGGCUUCUGUUGAAGAAUAUGCCUACCAGUUUUCGACCAAUAGGUGGCGAGUGCGGCCCAAGCCAGAGGAUUCAGAAAGCAAGAAGAUCGAAGAAAGGAAGACCUCGACGGAAGAAUACAAACCCGAUAGCUUUUCCACAAGGAAUGCUUCCAAAACACAAGACACUAGUAGCAGUAAGACCACAACAGAUGAAUACAAACCACAAAGUUUUGUCACUAACAGAUGGAGAACGAGAGCAACCCAGCCAGAGGAACCGAAGGAUACUGUCUUUGGAAACAAAGUAUACUCAGGCACUGCCACUACCGAGAGGACGUCCCACCCAUUCAUGAGGCGUCGAGAAUCGGAAACCAAGGCCUCGGAGAUCCCCUUCUACCUCAGGAAACAGUCAACCGAAGACAAUCGUUCACCUCUUGCCAAAAGCAGGUGGGCGACGACUGCAGACGACGACCGACGCUCGCGAGAUACAACGACCCGAAGUCUGUAUUCCCGGGAUAAGGACACGGGUAGCGUCUCCUCCUCCCUGCCUCGUCCAAGUGAUUCUCCGAGUCUUAGGAGUCGCGACCUGUCCUCAAGUCGUUUUGGAUCCACUAGAGACUCUUCCUUGUCCCGUGUGAGGGAUUCCUCGCUGUCUCGCACAAGCACAAGAGAACCUUCCCUCUCACGCAUCAGGGAUCCGACCUCUCGUUUUGGCAGUACCUACAGCAGCAGUUUCAGUAGGUAUGAUUCUCCUUCUACCCAAGCAGGCAAGACUGAUGUUAGCAGCAGCAGUACUGGGAGCAGGUACAGCCAGAGCGCUGACACCGGCAAGAACAGUGCAAUGAAUAGGUAUGGUUUAGAUUCCUCAGCUUCAGGAGGACUUGAGGAGAAAAAAUAUGGUAGUAGGUAUGGUGUAUCUUCUACCAUUCGACCAUAUACUGGUGCUAGUAGUGCCGGUAGGCUGACUUCAUCCUCCUUGGCUCAUGGCCCUGACUCCAGUGCCACGAGCAGAGGUAGCAGGUAUGGCAUAUCUUCAACAGGUAGUUCUGACACGAGUACCGGGAUGGUAUGGCUUGCAUCCACUUCUGGCGACAGCGCUUCUAAAUAUGGCACAUCUUCGUUACAAAGUAGAUCUGAUACCAGUAGUAAAGGCACCGGAAGUAAAUAUGGCAUUUCCGGUGGGAGUGAUGCUAGUAAGAGUAGCACUAGUUCUAGAUAUGGCAGUUCCACCAGCACAGGAACCCGCGACGCUGGAAGGACUCCGCUUAGUUCAUCACUGAGCUCUUACGGAAGUUCUGGCAGCGGAAAGUCCACAACAGACAGCAGGUUUGGCUCGACCUAUGGCACGGGGUCAACCUCUGCGCCACCUACCAGGCUAGCCGGCGGCAGCAGACUCCUUUCGUACAGUAGCGGUGGCAACAAGAGCACCAACAUCAAUAGCGAAAACUGCAGUAGAUUCUGUAGUCACUAGUUUAGCGUAGAUCAAUGGUCGUUCUGCAUGAUACAACUACGAUGCUGACUUGUAUGGACGUUUUUGGAAAGAAAACACAUGCAAGAGAGACAAGGAAAAAGAGAACAUUGUAGAAAAUUGAUUUUUUUCUCUUUCUAUUUUAGUGAAUGCCAACGCCAUCUUUCGGCAAGUCGAUGCUUUUAAUUUUCGUUUCUGUUGUUUUUUUUUCUUUCGCGCACCGCGUAGCUUCUUGAAAUUUUAACAAUGGCAUAACACUUGCAUUUUGGACAGACUUUUAUUUAUUUAUUUAUUUAUUUUUUGGUUUUAUAUAUAGUUUGUUGCCCUUAUUUAAAACAUGAUACACCAAAUUAAUACGUAUUUUAGCUUGAACUAAAACGCAAAGAUGCUCGAUUAUUUGCAAAGUUAAUUUCAAAACACGGCCAACAUAUCGCAAGCUUUUUUCUCUUAUCCAUUAGCUUUCAAAGCUAUUUAAUAAUAUUUUUUUUCUUCCUAAUCGUUUAACGAUAACUUCUCACAAGCAAUUUUCCAGUAUCUAAAUCAUUUCAUAAAACAUGGUAAAUAAUAACGAUGCGUUAAUGACACUAUAGAGUAAUUUAGCUUAAUUUCAUAGAAGUCUGCUUUGUUAGAUUUUUAACAACUUUAACAACAACAUAAAAAGCUUGAAUUUGCGAAGAUAAUCACUGAAGUAACCUGUGCACUAAGCUUCAACACUUUUACACACAAAGGUCUAUUUGUUUCUCCCCUCUUUUGGUGUUGUGGGUGAGACGACAAGACAAUCUGAAUCUAACAAACACUUGUUGGAUUCCGAAGAGAUCGUCGUAACAUGGAAAUAAAGGGAAAAAAAAAGAAAUACGUUACGUGCGAUGCCGUUUCUUUAUCCAAAUAGUGACUUGAAUUAGAAAAGAAAAGAAAAGAAGAGAAAUAUAUAUAUAUAUAUAUAUAUAUAUAUAUAUAUAUAUAUAUAUAUAUAUAUAUAUAUAUAUAUAUAUAUA